AUGCUAGCAACAUCCCCAUCCCCUAAUAUCCCACCGACGACCACCCUCGAGUCGGGUGUUGCCGUAUACUCCUCCUCGAGUCGAUCGCAGUAUGAUCACUCGACGAUCACAAUUGUUAAUCCUCGAACUGCCACCUUAGAACAGGCCAACAAAACCCGCAAACGCCCUCCCUCCCACGAUCUGGACUUCCAGAAGCCCCGCAGGAUACCCAGUACACGAUCUCUCGAUCGCUACAAAUAUUCCCCCCGGCCACAACCCCGCGUGAAAAUGGUUGAUGCUGCGACCCAAUAUUCUCCUCCAAACCAACAGAAAGCUGAACAGACUCCGACCAGUACAAUUGCUGGCCUGCAACUAUCCGAAGGCGAGGACCAACCAGCCAAGACGGCACCCCUCCCAUCGGCCGCGAAGCGACGUGAUGGCACAGCUACUAGUCCUUCCAAACCGGAGAGCACUUCGAGUUCAGGCCCGACCAAGAGAGUGGCUCCUGAACCCCCGGCUGAGCCAGAAGUGUGCGAAAAUGGAGUCGAAUCUGAAGAGACGCAGAACACACAGCACUCCCCUGUGAAAAAGGCACGCCCGGAUGCCCCACCACCACGGAUAAUGCCACUGCGAUAUGAGACCUGCAACACCCGGGAUCUGGUCUUGUUAAUAUCCUCCAUGCUGAUGGAACUCAUCCGCUACAACGAUGCCAUCCCCCUCCGAGAAGGCCAGCUCACCCGCUUCCACUCACGGGCUCCUCCAGGUAUUUCGGUUCCGGACUACCUCCAAAGAUUGACCACUCACGCCACCUUGUCUCCACCCAUAUUGCUCAGCGUCGUCUAUUACAUCGACCGCCUCUGCGCGCUCUAUCCCGCAUUCACCAUCAGCUCCCUCACCGUACAUCGAUUCCUCAUAACGAGCGCCACGGUCGCGAGCAAAGGACUGAGCGAUUCGUUUUGGACUAACAAGACCUAUGCCAGAGUGGGCGGCGUGAGCAUGAAAGAGCUCGCGCUAUUGGAGCUUGAAUUUCUCACCCGAAUGGAGUGGCGCAUCGUGCCGAAACCGGAGGUUUUGGUGGAUUAUUAUAAAUCGCUGAUCGCGAGAAACUCGCAGUAUCAGCUCGAAGGUACAUAG